UUUACUUUUGAAUUGCGUCCCGCGACAGCGUUUGUUCAAAUUAUUUCUUUUCCUGUUCCAAUGGGAUUUUAGACAACUAAGACACCUGGACUAACAAAUCACUUAAUAGAUCAUUUUCAACGACAUGCAUUUGGUCCAAGCGCCUCCGUCUACCCUUUCAACGCCUCGAGAUACGGUCAUUGAAUCCGUUCCUGUUAUGGCUCCAACUGCUGAGGGAAAUCUCAAAAUUAUGAACAUUCUGGAGGCAAAUUCUGAGGUGAUGUGUUGUCGAUUCAAUCUCGAAGGCGGUUUACUGGCGGUUGGUUUAGCUAAUGGCGUAACCAAGGUGUAUGCUCCUGACACAGGACAUUGCGUCUAUAGUCUCUCGGACCAAGACACUUUAAAUAAUCAUUUACCAGUGACCUGUCUUCGUUGGAGACCAACACUGGAGGGUGAUACUUAUGGAAAUAUGUUACUCGCAACUUAUGCAGAUGGUAAAGUCAAAAUCUGGCAUACAUCAACAAGCACCUGUAUGGUGACAGUAACAGAAGUUUCUAGGCAGAUUUUAGCAUGUGCUUACAGUCCUUCAGGAGAUAGAUUUGUCACAGCCGGAUCAGAUACAAAACUAAAUGUUUAUGAUGAAAGAACUAGACAAAUCAUUUGUACCAUGCAGCCAAGCUCAUCCCACCUAGUAAUGGAUGGCCACAUGAGCCGAGUGUUCAGUGUACAGUAUACACCUGGUCAAGAUCAUGAAUUUCUCUCAGGAGGCUGGGAUGAUACAGUUCAGUUUUGGGAUACAAGAGUUGAUAGCAAACAUUCUGUGAGGAAAAUAUUUGGACCUCAUAUUUGUGGUGAUGCACUAGACAUUCAGUCACUGAGCAUGUCAAGCACCAAUCGGCAAAUUCUCACUGGGUCAUGGAGAAAAGACAAAACUCUUCAAAUAUGGGAUCAUGGCUCUGGGAAACUGAUAAAAGAUGUACCAUCUGAUUACAAUGGAAGUAUGCUCUAUUGUGUCCAGUGGCAAGGUCCUGACAGUAUCAUAGCAGGAGGGAGUGAUAACAAUAUGAUGAGAUGUGUGGAUCAAGGAACUUAUCAUACUACUGGCCGGCUUGUAGAUCUUCCACGUGCAGUUUACACGGUAGAUUUUGAGAGACAUUCCCAUCAUCCAAUCAUUGCUGCUGGAACUUCCAACUUUGUAUAUCUUGCAAAGAGGACAUAAGUUGGUUCAUCAUUCCUAAUUAAUUCUUAAGCUAUACUGGGAAUUUUGUUCCAUAUGAUCUAGACUUGAAUGUGCUUGCAGUUUCUCCAGUGUACUCCCUUACAUUGGCAAGCACAUGGGUACCAGCAUAUGCUACUAAAUCCUGUGUUCCCAGUUUAUUGGAAACUUGCUUUAGAUUUCUGCAAUCAGCUAUUCCUUUUAGGUCUGAAAUCUGGCAACAGUUUGCAAUUGGGAAUGUUUUGUCAGCACACACAGCUCUAAACUGCUUAGUGGUCUUUUUACUAUGUAGUUCAAAUCUGAAAUGGUUCUUAACGACAAUCUCCAUUAGCUGAGGGUCUCAAUGGAGUGAUGGCUUUUAAGGCUAAUGGUUAAAAUUUUGGCCAAUAUAUGGCUAAUGAUAAUGAUACCUGUCACUAGAAAUUUUUUUUUUUUGCAGUUGACUUUUUUUACAAGUAAUAAUUAAAAUAUGUCAAUUUUUAUGCCAAACAGCUAAUUGUUUUGGCCAUUUCACUGCUAAUGGUUGACUCCCUCUCAGCACAUUUUUGAUAAGCCCCAAUUGUGAGCUUCUACAAGUUGUUGACUGUAAAUAGUCCAAAGGUUUGUUUUUAAUCAUAAAUAUUAGUAUUGUUUAUGGCAGAUGAUAUAUUUUUGAUUGACCUUAAGUAUUUCAUAGUGAAAAUACUUAGCUAGUUAUCAAAAAUUUUACCCAACUUGAUUAAAAAUUGUUUAAUUAGUAAAGGAAGUAUUUUUCUUUCCAUUCAAGGAUGUUAUUCAGAAGAGCUAAUUUUAACAUUGUCUACGUGUACUGUUUGUAAUACUUGUUCAAGAAGAGAGUUUUUAUCACAGAAUGUAAAUCUUGUGAAACUGAAGCCCUAUUCAAACCCACUUGCAACUGAUGUGGGUCAGCUUGUUUAAACAUUUCCCUGAAUGAACAAAAAAUAAAUACAAAGUCAUGUACAUGCAUAGAGGUGUGUACAUAAUUUA